AUGCAGUCCCGCAUCGCCGACGGCAGGCGAGCGGCGCCGCCCCGCCCGACGCUGCUGGUCGGCGACAUACUGCAGUGCCACGCCGCCUUCGAUCGGCUGCAGCAGCGGGUGCUGGAGCUCUCGCUGGAGCGGCAGGCGUGCAUCGAUGAGACGGCAGGAAGCUCAGUGGAUGCCUGGCGGGACCUGGUGCCUCGCUGCCGUGCUCUGCGCGAGACACUCACCUCGCUGCGGCAGCUGUCCCACUUCACCCGGGAGGUGUACGAGUGUGCUGCCGAUGUGUGCGCCCGUGCACAGGACUGGCCCGAAGCCCUGAAAGCGCUGCAGCAGCUGGUGCACCUCAUUUACCCUGCGCUGGCGGUGCAGCAGCUGCAGCAGCAGCAGCAGCAGCGGUGCUCGCCAGUGCCUGCUGGCCCACCUGGCCUGACCUCCAGCGCGCCAUCGUUACCAGCAGCAGCAGCAGAACAGGGCAGUGGCUGUGCGGCGGUGGCGCGCUGGGCAGACGAGGGCUGCGAUGAGGACGGUGAUGCGGGGCUGCUGGGAGGGCUGGGUGCCGCCCUCGUCGACGGCGCCACGGUGGCGGCAGCCCUGCGACAGCCCGAGUUUCGGCGCUGGCCCGAGGCGGCGGCGGCCCUGUCCCUCUACUUUGCGUGCGUGCAGCAGCAGGCGGGCGAUCGGCUGGACACGCUGACCACGCUGCGGCGCUUUCCUCGGCGCAUCUUGGAGACGCCCGAGGUGCAGCUGGCGCUGCGCCUGCACUCGGCACUGGGUGGGCCCGGCGGCAACUUUGUGUCGCUGUUUAGGCUCCGCAGCAGCGCGCCGCAGCUGGUGCAGCUUGUGACGGUGGCGGCGGCGCAGCGCGGUCGGGAGCAGGCGCUGGUGGUGAUGGCGGCGGCGUACCGCAGCAUCGCGGUGCCCGCAGUCUGUCGCAUGCUGCAGCUGGCGAGCAACACGCGCCAGCUGCUGGCCUGCCUCAAGCUGCUGGCCGACAGGGGCCACCUUGGGGCGCAGCGGGCGCUGGGCGGCUUGCAGCAGGAGGAGCAAGUUUGGGCGGCAACCGUGGUGUUCAAGUGA